GAUAGCAUUUCCUUUCCUGUCUCAUUACACUGUAGUUUCAUCCAGCUUUUGUCCGCUGUGGCGCUCUUGGGAAGCGGAAUGACUCAGCUAAUGCUUCACGUCCGUUUUCUUCUGUUUGUUUUGUUCUCCGUCCCAGCUCCAGUGCAAGGUCAUUACCAGGUGACAGGCUCCAGUCAGCCAAUUGUAGCUGCUCCAGGUGAGGAUGUCGUCCUCCUGUGCCAUGUGGAGCCUCAGUUGGACGUGGUGGACCUGACGGUGGAGUGGUCAAAACCCGACCUCAAGCCUGACUCCAACUAUAGGCCUAAAGGGAUGGAAUAUGUGCAUCUUUAUCGAGACAACCGUGAUGUCCCAGACAUGAAGAUCUUGUCGUACAAAGGGAGGACGGCGUUGUUCGCAGAUGGCCUAAGACAAGGCAACAUAUCGCUCCUCAUCACCAACGUAACGGCUGCAGACGAGGGGCAAUACAGAUGCUUCAUCCCAAAGUUAAACGCCCAGAUCAAAUCUUCAGUUGUUCAGCUUAUUAUUGAUCGAAACUCAUCUAAAGCAGUUACCAUUGAGACCCCACUGCAUCCUCAAGCAGCAGGGCAGAAUGGUCUUAAUGGUGGUUUGUCCAAUUUCAGCAGAUUGACUGCAUUUAUGGUUGUCUGGGCUUUCUUGAUCGUCAUCGCUUGAGUCGCAGGAUAUUUACCCAUUCUGUCCAGGUGUCAACGGAUACAGAUGGGUCCAUUUACUGUGUUGUCAGCUAUAAAAAGAUGAAACUAUGUGGACAACAUUGUAUCGUUAAACUGUUUGGUGUUUCUUGAAUGUCCGGCUGAUGAAUGUUUGGUCAUUAUAUGCAUAGUACAAAUACCAAAAAAAUCUUACAGCUUUUUUGAAAUUGUGUUCAAAUCUCACUCUCCCCUAGGUACAAGUGAAAUUGUUUGAUCAGUAGAAAAACUGGGACAAGGGACAGUGAUGUUCCAUUUAACUGUUUAGACCUAGCACUUUGUUUGGACUUAUGUGUUUGGAAUGAGCCUUCAGUGACACGAAAAUGACACACCUUAUCUUUUAUUGCUGAUUAAUAAAAAAACGGGGGAAAAAAAACAAGCUAUCUGGACUUCAACUUCAGCAAAAAGACAUAUUGCCAAAGAUCCUACCCACCUGGACAAUGCAAGUUUGUCCCUCUUCCAUCAGGUUAACACUUCAUGAACAUUUAAUAAAACACUAUACUUAAAAACAGCUUCUUUCCCAAAGCUGUUAAGGCAGUCAUCCCCUGCUGAAUACCAAAUAAUCCCCCUGGUUUCACAGAUUCUUGAUCCAAUUAGGAAUAAUUAACUGUCUCUCAUAUGCUAAUAUCUAUUUGCACACUUUUAGCUCCCCAGGGAGUGUUUGUUUGGUACAUUCCUGCAAAUUUAACAUUUGAUUAUCUGCAUAUGCCUUAAUACCUAUUAAUAAUUGCACAGUAUUUUUCCACUUCGUUCUCCUCUACUGUAUUAAACUUUAAAUUUAGCUUAUUUUUAAUACUGUGCUUUUGCAUUUUUGAGGGUCUUCUUUAGGAAUACUCAUUCUUCAUUUUUGCAUGACUGUUUUGAAUUUGUAUUAUGUGCAUUCUGAGCUGGUGUCUCACCAAAAUUCCAUUAUGGCUACAUGAAGAAUCUUGAUUCUUGAUUCUACUUCUUGAUAAAGCGUGACAGAUUAGACACACGUGAGCCUUGUGGUAACAAUCACAAGCACAGCACGUUGCAGAUCACAUGACGUAUCAGCAGAUCACAUUAUGGGGUAUUUUUCAGUUGGAUUGCUCCAGUAGCUAAAGAGUUGAGAUUAGUUUUUGAUGUGGAUUACCAUGAUUUUAGUUUUUAAAAAAAGUUUGCAGUUUUGAAUUAAAAACUUGAUAGAUUCCACUUUAUGACCUCUUACACUACUUCAUAAAUUUGCCACUUUCCAGGGGUGACACAUGGAUUUUCAUUCCUUUUCUGUCCCACUCCCACAGAAAUUCUUUUUUCUCAUCCCAAACCCUGCCCAGAGUAAAAAAAAGAAAAAAAAAUCCAUUCCAUCCCACUCCUGGUUAAAUGACUCCCAUUCAAAAGGAUUUCUACUCCUGUACCACUCCUAUUUUUUUCUUCAUUUAGUUUUUAGGAAAUACAUUCAAUUUUGAUUUGACCUUAUACCCAUUCUUUCUUAGAUUACUUUAGUUUCUGAAGAUUUAUUUCAAAAUAUAUGGAAACAGAGACAGCUAACCUGCUGUAAUAUAGUGAAACACUUAUCCUAAUCCGAGCUAAAUACCUUCACUUGGCACCAAGCCAAAAACACACAUCCUACGGUCCUUAUAGUUUGUUUACAGAGCCCCAGCUGCUAAGUCCCCCCUGUUUCUGAGUCUUUUGAAAGUCAGUUAAAGUAAAAACAAAAAAUGAAAACAGACCAUAGCUAUCUAGUGCUGAGGUUGCCGAGGUUGUUAAA